GUCGGAUGUUGUGGAGAAGAGGAUGGCGGCGUCUUCGAUGGCCGCGGCGUCUUCGUUGGCGGCGGCGAUGCCGGCGGCGGAAACAAGAAUCGGCUGUUGAGAGUGUAGAUCUGCUUCUUCUUCUUCUUCUUCCUGUAUUUGGGAUUUUUUUUUUUUUGAUUGAAGAUUUGGGAAUUGGGAUGAAUCUGGACAUAUUUUGGGGAAGGUAAAGUGGGUUUCGGUUGGCCCGGUUAGUCGGAUAACCGCGGUUAAUCACCGUCGGUUACUCGGUCAACCGAUCCCUUCCUUUUCCCAUCCGACCACCGACCGUCAAGGUAACCGGUCGGUUUUCGGUUAGCUGGUAACCGGCGGUUUUCGGUUAAAACCGGCGGUUACCCGCUAACCGCAAACCGAAAUGCCAGCCCUAUUUCUACCACAACUCCCGCGCUCGGCGCUCUUCUCCGGCGGACCCAAAUUCUCAUUUCCCGGCCUACUUGCGGCUUCUCCGACUACCGAAUGUCUCCCCGAACGAAAGUCAUGCGAGGCCAAUAUUGGAUCAACGCCCUCCUUCUCGACGAAAUCAUCCUCGAGAUAUUCCGCCACCUCGAUUCCAAGCACACCCGCGACGCCUGCUCCCUCGUCUGCAAGCGGUGGCUCUCCUUAGAGCGCCUCGGCCGGACUACUCUCCGGAUUGGCGUUUCGGGUAACCCCGAAUUCUUCAUCCACUUACACUCCACCCGUUUCCCCAAUAUCAAAACCAUCCACAUCGACGAGCGCCUCUCCAUUCCUCUUCCCUCCCAGCUUGGGCGGAAGAGAAGAAAAUGCACCAAUGAAUCCCCAGCCGGAUCAUCUGAUCUCAAGCUGCACGGCGUGUUUCAAGAGGACAUGUCUGAAGCCGAACAGUUUGAUUCCUGCAGUUUUUCUGACCUUGGAUUGAUUACAAUCGGUGAUCAAUUCCCAGCUCUUGAACGUUUGAGCUUAUUCUGGUGCUCCAAUGUUUCAAGUCUGGGUUUAGUCUCUCUUUCCCAUAAAUGCUCGCUCUUGAAAUCUCUGGAUUUGCAGGGUUGCUAUGUUGGCGAUGGGGGCCUGGCUGCUAUUGGUAGGUGCUCUAAGCAAUUACAAGAACUAAAUUUGCGCUUUUGUGAAGGGUUGAGUGACGUGGGUCUGGUCGAGCUAGCUGAAGGCUGCUCGAACUCGCUCAAGAGUCUUGGGGUUGCAGCUUGUGCAAAGAUAACAGAUAAAUCGUUGGUAGCAGUGGGUUCCCACUGCAAAUCCCUGGAAACACUGUCAGUGGAUUCUGAAUUCAUUUACAAUGAUGGGGUUCUUGCCAUUGCCGAAGGAUGCCCUCUUCUGAAAGUCCUGAAGCUGCAAUGCAUUAAUGUUACUGAUGAUGCUCUUAUAGCUGUAGGAAAGUAUUGUUCUUCACUGGAGGCGUUGGCUUUGUACAAGCGAUUUACGGACAGAGGUUUGUGUGCUAUUGGAGCUGGAUGUGAGAUGUUGAAAAAUCUUACUCUUCGCGACUGCUACUUCCUCAGUGACCAGGGUUUAGGAUCGAUUGCCACGGGUUGUAAAGAACUCACACAUCUUGAAAUUAAUGGGUGUCUCAAUAUUGGAACCAUGGGAUUGGAAGCCAUUGGACGAUCAUGCACGCGUCUCACUGAGUUGGCUUUGUCAUACUGCCAACGGAUCGGUGCUAAUGCUCUUCAUGAAAUUGGAAAGGGCUGUAAGUUCUUGGAGGUCCUUCACUUGGUACAUUGUUCUAGCAUUGGAGAUGAUGCCAUUUGUAGCCUAGCUAUGGGAUGCACAAAUUUGAGGAAACUUCAUAUUCAUCGGUGUUAUGAGGUUGGGAACAGAGGUAUUAUGGCCAUUGGUGAGAACUGCAAAUCACUUGCGGAUCUUAGCCUUAAAUUUUGUGAAAGGGUGGGAGAUGAGGCCCUUGUUUCCAUUGCCCAGUGUCACUCCCUCCAAACCCUAAACGUCAGUGGCUGCCAUCAAAUAGGCGAUGCUGGAAUCAUAGCGAUCGCAAGAGGCUGUCCUGAUCUCAGCCACCUCGACGUGAGCAUGCUUCAGAAUCUAGGUGACAUGGCGCUUGCCGAGCUAGGAGAGGGCUGUCCAGCUCUGAAAGAGAUAGUAAUCUCACAGUGUCGUCAGGUAACCGACGUCGGCCUCUCCCACCUCGUCAGACACUGCGCCAUGCUGGAAUCCUGCCACGCGGUUUACUGCCCUGGGGUAACCGCCGCGGGGAUCGCCACGUUGGUCUCCCAUUGCCCAAACAUGACGAAGGUACUGGUGGAGAAGUGGAAGGUGAGCGAGACGACCAAGCGCAGAACCGGCUCUGUCAUCUCCUACCUAUGUAUCGAUCUGUAGUAGAAUGUACGGGGGAACAGAGUCUUGUAUAGCCAGGUAGUCAGGGUGUUGAAAGUGUGUAUAUUUUGUUGAAAACUCAGUCCCGGUUACUCUUAAUGGUGAUCCAAUCUUGCGGUAGUUGGUGUUUUGCAUUUAAUCGGGCGACCCAAUUGGCUCCAACAUUGAAAGCGUGUAUAUGAGGGGAAACAUUUUUACUUGGCUCUAUGAAGGUUUUUUUUAGUGUAUUA